AUGUCGAGCACAAGUUCCAAGGAUACGCGGCCGGCGCCCGCAGACCUGUCGCAUCACCUCUCGCGCAACGCCGCAAGCAGACAACCUAGCUCAAUCAAGCAGUUCUACAAGUACUUUGCUAUUCCAGGCAUCGGCCAACUAGCUGGUGGUCUCCCCAACCAAUACUACUUCCCCUUCGACACACUUGAGGCAAAGGUCGCCCUGCCUGAGAGAUGGAAGCCUACCGAUAACACGCCUGUCGAUCCUCCAUCCGCCGCCACUUCGUCCCUCAAGAACGGAAGCCCUCUCCACCAGGCUCAGUCAGCAUUGAAGGUUCCUCACACCUCACACGAACAGAACCCGCUCAAGAAGAUUGACCUGGCCUCUGCUCUGCAAUACGGUCAAGCCCAGGGAUACCCACCGCUCUACAGCUUCCUCCGCCAAUUUACACAGGAGAAUCUACACCCCAACUGUCCUUACAAGGGCGGUCCUGACAUCGUCCUUACCUGCGGAAGCACCGAUGGUUUCUCCAAGGUCCUUGCUGCCCUGACCAACGAAUGGAGUCAAGAGAAGGAUUGGGUUCGCGACCGUCAAGGUCUGCUCGUUGAGGAAUUCGCAUACAUGAACGCCAUCCAAGCUGCAAGACCUAGAGGCCUCAACAUCGCCCCAGUCAAGAUCGACGAUGAAGGUAUGCUCCCCGAAGGUCCUGGUGGUCUUCGUGACGUGCUUGAGAACUGGGACUACAAGAAGGGAAAGAGACCUUCCUUGAUGUACACCGUCACCAUGGGCCAGAACCCAACUUCUGGGGUCCUCUCUCUGCAGCGCCGUCGUGAGCUCUACGCUCUCUGUUCCAAGUACGAUGUCAUCAUCGUAGAAGACGACCCAUACUGGUACCUGCAGUUCCCUUCCUCAACAAACUCGGACAAGGUCUUUACCCCCCAAUCAUCAAAAUGGAAGUCAUCAGGCUACGAUUUCCUCGACUCACUCGUCCCCUCCUACAUCAACGUCGACAUCGACGGCCGCGUCCUCCGUCUGGACACCUUCUCCAAGACCGUAGCUCCCGGCUGCCGUCUCGGCUGGAUCUCAGGCCAACCCGCCCUGAUCGAACGCAUCCUCCGCCUCACAGAAACAAGCACACAGCAACCUUCUGGCUUUGUACAAUCCAUGAUCGCCGAACUCAUCAUCGGGCCCCAAGCCGACGACAUCGAUCCAGGCAAGGGCCCCCAGAACGGCAAAGGCUGGAGCACAGCUGGCUGGGUGCGCUGGCUGGAGGGCCUCCGUGGCAACUACGAGCGCCGCAUGAACGCCAUGUGCAGCGUCCUCGACACGGGCCGCGAACUUGUCAAAGUGGGCCGCAGGAACUCCUUGUCCAACCUCUCGUUGGACUCUGACGACGAAUGGGCAGUCGUUCAAACCAGCACCGCAUACUCCUUCGACUGGCCCGUUGGUGGUAUGUUCGUGUGGCUGAAACUGCACUUCGAAACCCACCCUCUCGCCUCCAAAGUCGCUCACGCACGUCUCUCCCGCGCCCUCUGGCUCUUUUGGACCACAAAGCCGUAUCUCGUGCUCGUUUCACCAGGCUUGAUUUUCUCACCCACAGAAGAGAUUAGAAACAGAGAUGGAUACAAGUUUUUCAGACUGUGCUUUGCGGCUUGCGAUGACAAGGAGAUUGAACCCAUCAGCAGACGCUUUGUAGAUGGUGUGCAGGACUUUUGGAAGAUCAAGAACGUCAAGAAGAUUGAUGAAUUGCUCGAAGAGGAAGGUGAGGGUGUGGAGCAGAGGAGCAGUGAGGCUGGUAUGGCACAGUUGGCAAGUUUCAUGGGUCCCUGUUAA